AUGAAGACGUCAACUGUUGCUAUACUUGCUGGCUGCUUACUUUUCGUUCAACAGGCUCAUUCCACAGUAUUUGAUGAAGAAACAGAGCAAUGUAAAUCCGAAUCAGGCUACGGCAGAAAGACGUUUGUAUGCGAUGUACACGGUCGAUUAGCUGCCACAACGAAAAAGAAGUUGACUGAUAUUCUGGCGGGACUUAAAGACCGAAUUGGAUGCGAAUGCCCCGACGGUUGUGUGAGAGCCGACGGAACCGACGCCUUCAUCGGACUUCUUCAUGUGACGUCUUCAAAGAAUGCAAAUGAUCUGAAAAGAGACAUGGAAAAGGAGUAUGACGACGCGAAACUGGGAAAUACAACAUGUGAUCAUGGACUUGUUAUGGUUUAUUUGAAGGAUACACAACAGCUGGCUACCUACCGCGGUGGCGAUUCAUUCGUACUUUUGGGUGACGAUGACAUGCAGAAACUACACAAAUUGGCUGCACAGCAAGGAAGUGAAAGUGACACACUGGCUGUACAAUACCUUCUGGCGAAUUACAAACAAGUGUCCGAGGCUCCGAUUGACAAUUGGUAUGCGUCGUGGUUGCCAGUAAUCGGUCUGAUCGUCGCCGUUCUUCUCGUCCUCUGCCUCGUCUCCAUCCUUCUCUCAAUGAUUUGUGCAAAAUGUUUCUGUUGCUGUCGUAAAAACAAGAAAGAAAAGUACGAGGUUACAAAACCGGCUACAUACAAGUCAAUCGAGCCGCUUUACGUCAUCACUCCACCGUCAACCCUCAACCCGCGUCACCACGACGCCAUCUACUCCACUCCCUACUCCGGAAGCCCUCUUCCAUUCCCACCACCACCUGGAACUACCGUACCACACACCCCGAAUUCCACAUACAGAUAUCGAGUGGACACUAACCGGAAAGCACCAAAAGACUACGAGAACGGAUCAAUGGGACAACUUCCGAUCGACGAGCCAAGAAUAGCUCACCCGAUGUACUCCCCACUUCCAGCUUUGGAUCCAACUUAUGGAACUAUCCCACGCGCCCGUCUCGCUCCAAACGGAAACCCGCCACUGUCCCCAUCGUAUUCAUCUGGAAAUGACCCACACUUCUUGGAUCCACGAAGGAAACAAGAGACGCAGACACGCGAGGAGCUCAUCUACUGA